AACAGACGAGUCUCUGAUGGCAAAGUUAUGACCGGUUGCAAUCAUUAAUCUAAUAAACCCUUAUUCUUAUUUGAAAUAACCAGAGGAACAGAUUAAUUGUUAAUCUAAGGUAUGAACUAAAGUAAUAAAAAUGUCACCUUGACAUCCAACCAUAAUUCCUGAACUGGCUGAACAGAAUAAAAUUUCAUUGCGCAGUCUGCUUAUUUAUAUUGAUAUCUAAAGUCUUGGUAGACUGUAGAUCAUUGCUUUGAAAACAGGCCAAGGACACAUAGUAGCCCAUUCAGUGCACUGAAUUAAAUUUAGUACUAGUAUCUUUUGUGAAAACUUCACAUUUUUAAUUGAUGCCCGGACGAAAUAGAAGCUGUUGCUUAACGGAUUUCCGUAUCUAACAGCAGUGGAUCACUGAUGCCUCCAGUUUGUCACCAAUGAAAAACAAGAAACAGACAACAAUUCGAUUGAGUGAGCAAAUAUCUGGAUAUAUGAUCGAUGAAAUAUCAAGUGAAAGUUCUGAAGGUGGGAGACGGUUUUUAAGAAAUCCAGAGAAACGAAUUCAUAAAAAUGUUGUUCAAAAACAAUCUCCAGCUACAACUGAAGAUGAAAAUACUGAAGACUUACUGACACCGUUUAGUGCAGGAAAAACGUCAAUAUAUUUUAAUAAAUAUUCAACACAAAAGGUAUUCAGUAGCAAAUUGACAAAUUCAAAUAGGACAAAAUCAAAGGAAUUUGAAAAAUAUUGUAUCAAUAAUAAUGUUGUGAAUGAACCAUUAGUAGUACAAAAAAAUAAUGAGAAUGAUUUCAGUAGAAUUUCAGCUUUGUCCUUCAAUGAUGAGAAUACACUGACUGAUGCACGUAGAGAAGUUUCACGAAUUGAAAGCAAAAUGAGUACAUUUGAUGAUCAAUUAAUAUUAUCUGUUGAUGAAUUAGUGAAUGAGAAUGAAAUGGAUUGCGGAAGUUAUUGCUCAACUAAUCGUUUUGACAAAUCGUACAAUGAAAAAUCACUGAUAGAUAUUGAAGAAAUUAUUGAAUGUGAAAACUCCCAUUCUUCUAGCUUGACGGAGGAGAUAUCUAAUAAAAAACUUCCAUUGGAAAAGAUAUCUUGUCAAGUGGACAAUGAAAACAAUACUAGUGAAAUAGAUGAAUAUUCAGAUGAUUUUGAAAAUGAACAAGAUCUAACUAGUUCAACUAAAGAAAAUUUAAAAUGCAAUCUAAUCACAACACAGAAAUCAUCGUCACUUAAAACAAAAAAGGCUGAUUGUUCAAUAAAUCAAAAAGUUUAUAAUGCAGCACCUACGAAUUCCUAUGGACCAUUGAAUAAAACGAAUUUACGUGAAACGAAUUCAUAUAAAAAAAUAUCAAAAAACGUAUCUGAAACCCAACAAACAAAGGAUGCUGAAGUUCAAACAGUGUGGUCAAGUGAUUUUUCACAAAACUACCAUAUUCCACACAACCUUCCAAUAAUAAAAUAUGAAGAAAUUCCUACUUCUACUAUUAACACUACUCUUAAAAUGCAAAAUAUAACGUCAUCGCUCAUAAAUUACAAAACAUUACAUACUUUAACAACUUAUAAUCCUUGUUUAACUGCACUGGACAAUAUGUUGAAACAACAAAUAAAUCUUACAAGAGAAUUUUUAAGAACACAAAGAAAUUUACAUGAAACGAUUAGUAAAGCAAUAAGUCAAUGUGUUAUUACAAACAAUUAUAAUUAAAGAGAAAGAUUUAUACAGACUACAGUGAAGAGAUUAUAGAAAAAAAAGAUAUCUGAAAAGUAUUCAUAAUAACUUUUGAAAUGUACUUCAUGUGGUUCAAUAAACUGAACACUAAUACUAGGAUUAUUAAUAUCAUUAAUUUUCUAGAGUAUAACUUAUAUUCAAUUAGUUGAUAAGUAUAUGAAUAUAAUGGUUAAGUGGAAUUUUAUGAAAGCUAUUUAAUCGACAAUUUGUAGUCUUUUUUUUUCUUCUUUAAAACGUAUAUUACGAAAUAUGAAAUUAUCUUUGUAUUUAUCAUAAACAUGAAAUAUGAUAAACGGCCUAUCUUGCUACCUUCCUCCCCCCUCUUCACUUCACUAUGUAAAAUAUGAAUAAAUGUUAUUUUAAAUUACAGUACAAUAUUUAUAUUUUAUUUACAAAAAAAAUAUAUAUGAAACUGUACUCUCCAUGACAUACAAAAUUAAUCGGGAAGUAACGGCAUUAAACGAGCUUGUUUAGCUUUGUGUUUUUUGAUUCGUUUAUCUCGUGUUGUUAUUAAUUCAUCGAAUAGAUCGAUUUGUUGAUCC